AUGUCUCAAGACCAAGUCAUCAUCUCUGUCACUUCCGAUGUCCAUAACAAUCAUCACGAUGAAAAUAAUCAAAAUAACCAAACGAGCAACUAUUAUACACCGAAAAAGACAAAUUCAGAAUUGGAUCGAGGAUUGAAACUCAAAUGGUUUUUCUUGGGAUUUGGAUGGCUGACGUUUUGCAAUUUCUCCAUGUCAAUACUGUUGUGGGCUCUUCUUUGUCCUAUAGCUUGUCUUCCAUGUUAUAGACAGCUAUUGAAGGUUUGCAGAUUAUCUCUAUUUCCAUUCACUUUGUAUAGCGAGCAUGAGGGUCUCAAUACUCAAUCGACGAGCGCGAAAAGCGUGAGAAAUAAUUUAUUUGAACGAGAGAAAAGCUCAGCUCUUAUUGUAUUGAUUAAUUUGAUAUGGUUUUUGACUUUUGGUUGGUGGAUUGCAUUCAUUGAAUUGUGCAUUUUUGUGAUACUGUAUUUGAGUAUUGUUGGACAGGGAUUCGCAAGACGACACUUGGCUCUUGCAACUGUAUUGGCCAUGCCAUUUGGUGUAUUCAUCAAGUAUUGA